AUGGGUCGUUCCAUUCCCAUUUCUCAGCAAUCGCCGACGACAACAUCCAUUUCCCUACAUAAAACACUGCAAAAGAUAGUAUUCGAUACGUCAUGUUUCACAUUCUUCGGAAACCGUGUCCACCAAAUCUGUCCUGAUAUCUGGUCUCAUUGGAACUCAUUUAAUGAGGCCGCCUAUAUUGGAGUGCGAUCAAACGCUUCAUUUUACGUACGUCCCUGGACGCUUCGUGGGAGACGUCUCAUGCUAGAGACAUUUGACACAUGGUGUAAUACUGAACUCGAACCCUGGGAUGAGACAGAUGGCGUCUGGAAUGAGAAAUGGGGAAUCAAGCUUAAUUGGGAAAGAGAAAAGAUGGCCCGAGAUCACAAGAUGACUCUUCGAGGCCGAUCAUGUGUUCAGGUUUCUUUUCUGUGGGUAAUUAUUACGAAUGCAGCACCUAUGUUAACAUGGCUUGUCACUGCACUCCUGACACAUCCUGAGCUCCUCCAAAAGUUUCGCUCCAUAGCUGAACAUUACAUCUCCUACUCAGGUAAUGGGUCAUCGAGAGAUAUUAAGUUUGACCUUCCAAGAUUUUGUGUUGAACCUUUCAUCCAAGGUGUAUGGAAAGAGGCCCUCAGACUAGGCGUGACCAGCGCAUCGGCGAGAGUCGUGACACGGGACUCGGAGAUAGAGGGUUACAUCGUGAAAAAGGGUAGUGUCCUAUUACUCCCUACGCGAAACAUGCAUUUUGAGGAACGCGUAUUUCACCAUCCAUAUGAAUUCAACCCAUGGCGCUGGGUUCUUCUCGACGAGGACUCAUCGUCCCCUUCAGGGUUCGGCCAAGUUUCACCAGAGCAGUUGAAACGACAGAACAACAGCCUAAGACCUUUUGGCGGCGGUACAGGUAUUUGUUCCGGUAGAUUUAUUGCUGAACAGGAAAUCAUGAUGACCGCUGCUAUCCUGUUGCAUCUUUUCGAUAUUGAGUUUGAGCAGGGGCAGUCUAUCCCAAGUCCAAAUUUGAAUCCCCAAGGACUAGCUGCUAUGUAUCCCCUGGUAGAUCCGAAAGUGAUAGUGAGUGGACGGAAGACUCCGAGACUGUAA